AUGGAUACUUACGGCGGUCCUUCUUUUGUUUCCCAUCUGAUACGGCGACAAGGCUAUCAGUCUCAAAACAUCUCCGAUGCAACCCAUGUAGUCGACUACUGGGGAUAUGCGGCGCGAGUAGUCCCAUGCGCCAAUGACCCUGGAACAUGCGAAUACUUUGAGUCCGUCUAUGGAGGUCACAAACGUGGUAUGCUCUAUACUGGCAUUCUAUGGGCAACCAUUGGUGGCAUCCUCAUCACCUGGGCUAUUGCACGUCACUUCUGGUACCUCAGCAAUGUGCCCCAAGUCAGUCUGGCCGCGCAGGAGACGUCUGAGUCGUCUGUAGACCAGGAGAACAAGGCAUACACCCACCAGAGGGGCUUCUUCCGUCGUCUCACGGAUGCCAUUUCCGCCACUACCCGACACUACACCCUCUCUGAGUCUUUCGGCUUCAUCUUCGGCCGCACAACCCGCCUACAAGUCAUCAUUUUGACCACAUUGUGUGGUUACCUUGCCAUCUUUACCUUUGCAGGUAUCAUGUACAAGGAAUGGGUUACACCUGUCAAGGGUCAUGAAGGUCUUUUCCAGCGCCGUUCAUGGGUGGGCUCUUGGUCUGACAGGCUCGGUGUCCUCGCCUAUGCAUUGACACCCUUUUCCGUCAUAUUGGCCUCGAGAGAGUCUAUUCUAUCUCUACUUACAGGCGUACCUUAUCAGAGCUUCAACUUCCUCCAUCGUUGGCUUGGUUGGGUCAUCUUCCUCCAGUCUCUUGUCCAUACUAUCGGCUGGACCGUCAUUGAGGCCCACCACUACCAGCCUCAACCUGAAGUAGCUGACAAGUGGAUCAAGCAGCUCUACAUGAUCUGGGGCUGUGUCGCUAUGAUUUUACUGUUCUUGCUUGUAUUGCUUGCAACUCCCUGGGGCAUCCGACUUACUGGCUAUGAGUUCUUCCGUAAGAGUCAUUACGUCCUGGCUAUGGUUUACAUUGGCGCUUGCUGGGGACAUUGGCAGCCUUUGAAGGUGUUCAUGGUCCCUGGUCUCGCUAUCUGGCUUAUCGACCGCGGCGCUCGCCUUGCCCGCUCUUGGCUUAUUCAUUACCAGAAUCUCCCAGAUGGAAGUAUGGGAUUUCGAUCCGCAUCUGCUGACAUAACGCUGUUCCCCGACGAACAAUUCGGCGACAUUACCCGUCUCGACUUUGUCCACUCACAAAACCCUUGGAAGCCAGGCCAGCACUUUUAUCUUUGUUUCCCCAAGUCAAGCGUCUGGCAAUCUCAUCCCUUCACUCCAUUAAGUCUGCCUGUUGAGGUUGAUGGUACAGUCAAGCAUUCCUACGUUUUCCGAGCUCGCGGGGGAGAAACUCGCAAGAUCGCGCAGAUGGCUGCCAAAGGCAGUGCAUCAACAUCCGUGGUCCUUCAGGGCCCGUAUGGCGAGGAUCAUUCUGCUCAUCUGACCCCAGACGUGAACGUACUCUGCGUCGCUGGAGGCACUGGUAUAGCUUAUGUUCUUCCUGUAUUACUCUGGCUCGCCAGUCAGUCUCCCACCGCGAACCGUCAAAUCAGUCUUAUCUGGAGUGUUCGGCGUCGCCAUGAUGUUGACUGGGUCCGUACCGAGCUUGCGAAGUUGGCCUCUAGCCCGCACAAUAUCGAUGUUAAGCUCUACGUAACUCGAGAGGAUGCAUCCCCUGGCACCACUGCAGACGCCGAAACAAAGGAUGAAACUGCAGCAGACACACAAUAUCUGCCUGGCUUCCGCGAUGGUCAGCGUCCACAAUCAGACACUGCUGUGUCCAAUUUCCUGUCGCAGAACGUUCGUGGUCGCACUUCAGUCUUUACAAGUGGACCUGGAGGCAUGAUCUCAGACAUGCGUACAGCUGUUGCCAGGGUCAAUUCCGGCUGUGAUGCAUGGAGAGGCAACGAUAAUGCCAAUGUCCAGUUGAUCUGUGACGAUAGAUUAGAAUGGUAA